CUCCUCAACAAGUGGCAGCAGAGACGCGGUUCAAAGCUGAGCUGCUCUGAACUCAUCAUGGAAAUCCCUGCCAUCAAUCUCAAGGCCAUAGUGCUGGUGCACUGGCUGCUUACAGUAUGGGGCUGCAUGGCGUGGCUGCCCACCUCCUUCGCCUGGGGGAACUUCAGCGUCCUGGCGGUGGGCGUGUGGGCCAUCGCACAGCGGGACUCCAUCGACGCCGUGCUCAUGUUCCUGGUCGGGAUGACUCUGACGAUAUUGACCGACAUCAUCCACUUUGGGAUUUACUACGACCUGAACGACUCGCUGCCGCUUCGGGCGAAGGACUUGUUCCACUUCAGCGCAGGAAUGGCCAUUCUCAACCUGCUGCUCAAACCCGUGACCUGCUUCUUCGUUUACCAAAUGUACCGCGAGCGAGGAGGAGACUACAACGUCAACUUCGCAGGUUUUCCCUCUGUAUCACGGACCAGAGACGCCUACCAGUCCAUCGACCAGCAGGACGAGUCCUCCGCCCCGGCCAACCACUUCAACCAGGCCGAGGAGGGCAAACCAGCAGUCCGCACAUACUGAGUGAACCACACACUGUUUCUCCUCUGACAUGCAGCAGUGCUCAGGGGCAACUCUCACAAAUCGAUUCAGUCCAUUUGUUCCGUACAGGCGCUCGGCUGCAGCGCUGAAAAACAAAUUGAAUUCCUUUAUUAUGGUAAACGGGCCUGGUCUCGGUUUUAAAAUGAAAUGUGGCGUAAUUAAGCCCAUCGUAACUUUGUGUGUUCGAAGGUGGGAAAGUUUUUCUUUUUUUUUGCUGAGCUCAUUCAUCACUCCUGAACAAAUCUGGCUCCAGCAGUCCUGUGCUGUGUGACUAGUUUUAGUGGAACUCUUGUUUUGUAGGAGUUUCACUGGUUUACUUUUCCCAAGUGUCUCGUUUUUUUUUUUUUUUACAAAUGUGGCGUUUACAGACAUUACGAGUGAAUUGUGUUUAAGGUAAAUGUUUAAAGACUCGUCAUCUGCUGUAGGAAAUGAUCAUUUUCCUGUUUGUGUUUUCUUUACGACGCAGCAAUACUUUUUAACACAGGAGUGUGUCAAUGCUGAGAAACGACCAAAGCUGGAGUCUGAUUGGUUUGUUGUGUUGAUCUAUGCAAAAAGCGCUAUGAAACAGCACUGUGUGAAAUAUACGUUUUUUACACGAUAGAGUACGACUCUUCUCUGUUUAUAAACACAACACGUUCAACCAGUUCAAAUAUAUCAUUCCUAAAUUGUCCUUAAUAUAAUGUAAAUCUCUUUUUUUUACGAGGACGUGCAGACGGUCCCCUUAAAGGGAAAGUCUGCUAUUUUUCAACUUGGGCCCUGUGUUAAUCGAUGUGUAAAUGAAUGGUACUUUAAAAAAACAACAACUUCAGAAUCAGUCCAGUAGAACGCCUGUGCCAGAAGCAGUGCUAUUGUGUAAUCCUAUGGGGCAACUGCACCCGUCCAUGAAAUGUCCCCUAAAAGGCUCAAACUGAUAUAUCAGGUCUUUCCCAAGAUUCUGGCUUGUAUGUUUUGUAAGAACCAUUAGAGUUAGGUUGAAAAAUACCAGAGUUCCCCUGCAUUAGAUUGCACACACUCAUCGAAAUCUAUUGCCCAAAUGUGGCGGACGGUAAAAUUGUGACAUUUUUGAAAGUCCUGCGUCCGUCCCCUUCAUCCAGAUCCACAUCUACACAUCUUUUUUGACUCUUCUUUGAGUUGUGUGGAUUUUUUCGUGUAAAUCCUCUCAACAUUCAAAUCAACCAUCAAAAAACAGCCGACAGGGGGUGAAAACAUAACCUCUCAGUCCUGAUCCUGACAAACUGCAGAUCAAGAGAUGUUCCUGUGAUGUACAAGCAGCAGAUAUGAGACAUUGAUUUAACAUCACCAAUGUUACGUGACUUUGAAUCUUUAUAUUUUCCCAGCAGCUCUGUGCACAUCAUUCCCUGAAGAGAACAUGAAGUGUGUUCUCUUCAGUGUGUGCUCUCUCUGUUAAACACUGAGGUCAGAGCUGUGGCUGCCGACUUCUCUGAGCGAUUUCCCCUUUUGUACUUUUUGUAUUUUUAACACUCGGUUCUCUUUUGAAAGUGUGACGAGCUCAAAGUUCCUUUUUUAAAUCCCAAUGAGUAUAAGUGACAGGGCAGAGAUGUGGUUACUGUGGAUGUGUGAAGCAAUCAUUGCUCAGCGGUGUGAGAACCGGACGUAAGGUCAGAACUUUAAGCUUCAGUUUGUUGCAAUUGUAUUUUUUUGGAAGUUACACAAUCAACACUAAUGUGCAUUUCUACUUGUUGUAUGACUGUGGAUUGAGAACAUAGACUGUAAAUUACAAUAAAUGACACGUCUCCACCUCCGCUCUUUGUACAGACGAAAUACCCCAGGUACGAAUUCUGCCAUCUUUGGAUGCGCACUAGCGAUCGGGGGGGGGGGGAGUUGCGGUAGCAAGGUCCCGCCCAUAAACAUGCCCGACCAAUGGCGAGUCAGACUCAGCUGUCAAUCAAGAUGUUUCACCCUGUUUUUAACGAAGAAAACGGAGACGAUUUAUAUAACUUGACAUUUUUUCUUUGGUCCAUGUCCCAUCUGUUACAAGGGGCGGGAUUUAUGACCUAUACUGCAGCCAUCCACCAGGGGGCAACUGGGCUACUGUGGCUUUACUUUUGUGGAGCUGUCAUGUCGUCCGUCUUCAUAGAGUCUUCAGUUGAGAAACCUUGUCUUUGUCAUUUAACUUGUAAUUAAACCCAAUUAAAAAGUUCCAUCUUUGCACCAGGAGAAAGUUACUCAGACUGAUCUUUAAUGAACUUUUUAUUUUAUUACAUAGAUAAUAUUCUGCUGUGAGUUCAAAUACUUGAUCCCUGUUAUAUUUUUUUUUUCUUCUUCUGGAUCCUCAUGAAAAUGUGAACGUAUCCUGAAUUAAAACAGACGCUGUCGCAGCUUCAGCUUCACGACACUCGUUCUGAGAAAGACUGGGUUUGAAAAAGAUAAAAUAAAAACUGCUUCAAAGAGACAAAGACUGUUUCGUCUGCUGCCUAGUGGUUAGAGUGGUGGCUCUCCAACAAGAAGGUUGCCGGUUCAAACCCCACUCUCUCCCAUCUGCAUGCCGAAGUGUCCUUGGCAAGAUGCCGAACCCCUAAAUGGCCCCUCAUAAAAAUGUUGAGUUUACUAAUUGUAAGUCGCUUUGGACAAAAGCGUCAGCCGAAUGACAUGUAAUGUAAUAUAAUCACACUUUCUCUAAGUUCUGUUGUUUUCAUGAAAAUGCUUCAUCAGUGCUUUAAUUCUUUUUCAUUUCAAGGUCGGUACUGAAUUUAAACGUUUAGCUGCACCUUGUUUUUUCGUCUUUAUUUCUUUAGAAAUAAAAAUAUCUGUUAUAUGCAGGUUAAAUUGGA